AUGAUGAAAUUUUUAGAAGUCUCCGACACAAACCUCACGAAGUUCACUGGAAACGACAUCCCAGUCCCCGAACCGCAGAAGAUGGACAUUCCAGUACCGCCAUCUCUCGCUGAAGGAUCUGUAAUCCCAGAUCCUAAUCUGCUAAAAUCUGGUUCCUCUAUUCCUAGUGCCACGUUGGACACUCCACUGCCGCCCGUGCACAUCGAAGUCAACAAACUCACCACGCCCGAAGGUGUUCUGAAAUCUGACAUAACUCAGGCCCCUUCACUGCCUACAGUUCAUUUCAUCGAUGCUGCCCUUCCAAAUAAUGCGUACCAGGAAAUGGAUUCCAGUGAUCCCUCAGUCUGGGGAAAUUUCAAGAACUAUGGUUUUGAUAUCUUUCCUGAGACCGGCGUGUGUCGCAACCCCUGGUACGUCGCCGAUGCCUCCACCACUACCAUAACUCCAACCCCCUCCCCUCCCCCGGGCUCCGACCAUCUGCCCCCUCCCAAGACCGUCAGGGAAAUGCUCCACUGGCUGGUGGGGAUGACUCAAUAUGGGUAUGUUGGGAUUAUUGAGAAGCAUGUUAGGAGCCUUUUGAGGGAGUACAACAAUGAUGUUUCACAGCCUUCAGACGCCCUAGAUGUCACCGGGGAUCCCACUCAGCUGACCGCUUCCCAUGUCACCUCCAAACUGACAGAGGCGUGUCUCUACGCGGCCACGGUUCUCCACAAGAUUAAGUAUAAGGGCUCCAAAGAUGCUCCAACAACUCUAAACUUCACCUCAGAAUAUCGUAAGCUUCAUUACUCCUCGAACCCCGCCCGUCUCCUCUGCCAGCUCCGGGACUAUGCCUACGCCUGCUGCCACCAGUUGGCGUUCCUAAAGUCGCAGUGUUCUAGAGAGCAGUCACAAGGUGGUUGGCAGGAUUGUUAUUAUGACAGUGGUCUAUCUUCUCCCAAGUCCCCACUCCAGGCCUUCCUGACUGACGCCCCCGACUCCAUCUUUAAGACUCACCCCUUCGACCCGUGCAACAUCUGCCUCAAGAGCCGUGUCAACAUGGGAUUCAAGCACAGUGAUUUGCCUGCAACUCACGAAACUGGCAAGCAUAUUUCCACCAUCCUCUCUCCCAGCUGCGGCGGCGACGAUCCCCUGCUGACACUGUCCUCCUACCUCAGCUGCCUCACCGGGCGGACGCCGCGCACCGCCGGGGAGAUUGUCUCGUUCUUCCAUAAUUUCGGGAAUGAGCUGCAUUCAUCAUCUUCACAGUUGUCCAGGCUGGGUACAUCCUUAACCGAUCAGCAUAACGACUGCCCGAGGUGGGAUUGUCUCAAGGAGUCCGACGCCGAUACCGUCCGGGACCUCCGCGGUUCCGACGCUUCCAACUCCAUCCACGACCACAACCACAACCACGACAAAGGCCAUCCCAAGACCCUGUCCACGCUGCUUGGCUGCGACGCCAACAACUCCCACUGCCCACAACUUCUCUCUCCCAUCACCUACCGGACGUACGCCCUGUACUCUUCCACCUUCGCCCACACCUACCUCAGCUGGACGGCCUACCUAGCAGACAGACUGUAUGAGUCACUGGUCAAGCUUCACUGUGAUCUCAAGGACCUUCAGUGCCACGACUCUAACUCCAAGUCCCUCCACCAGUGUGACAAUGCUCUGCCCCUCCUCUACUCUCACGGGUUCACGCCACCGGAGGGUAUGCCAUCAUCACAACUCAAGUGUUCGGAUGUCAUCUCCAAGCUGGAGGAAGUGCUAUCUGGCAAGCCUAUCGCAGACCUCAUGACCGCCAUGGACAAUUUCCUCUACGGCAUCCGUGCCCCCUUCCUCUACACUGUGUUCACACUCUGGCUCAUCGCCACGCUCUACAUUCUCCACUCCCUGCUCUACCGCAUGGACGUAAUGCGCAUCCGCUCACACCUUCUCACCACCAGGGCCUCCCACCUCAUCGACGUCAAGGCUUUACUCGCCGGCAGCCGCAGGAUGCUCUCACUCUACAAGGACGUCGAUUACUUCGACGACGACUUUCACUCGUGA